UUUAAACGUUGAUCCCACAAUGAACAGAAAAAAUACCCAAGACCAUAUUGAAACUGAACUAACAUUAAAAAGUCUGAAGAGAUUGAAGAGAAACCAUUCAACUAUACCAUUUUCUAAACGAAUCAGUCCUCCAUUCCUUUUAAGUCGGCAAAAUCGCCCAUUCUGGUCCAGUCAGCAAAGUGGCAAAGUCCGACAUUUACUGCAGUUUCUUCAAGGCAACUUUCCAAGAAAUUUGCAUAUUGUCAGAAAUCAAGAAUUCACCGUGCAAAGAAAGCUAUCUCCAGAUCACUCUAAUGGCAUUCAAAGCACAACAACUCCCACAGUUUCAGCCACUGCCAAAGCUCCAUUCAUAAAAUUACCUACAACAUUAAUUCCUCUCUUCGCGCUAACAGCUACUGCUCCUACAAGAAAGGCAUUCCAAACAGAAAAAGGAUUAUUACAGACAAUUCAAACCAAGACGAAUAUAUUAUCAACAAAGCGUCCAUCAAUGUCUGGUGGUGUCAAUAAUAAAGUUCAAAGCAAUAAUAACAGAAUAAGAAAUAUGGACAUACAUUCACAACACGUGGAUACAUCUUUAGUGUCCCCCAGCGGAAGUCUUAUACUGAGAGUUUUGAAUAAUUUUCUAGUGCUUCAAAAAAAUAUUUUACCAGCCGAUGAAAUAGCAACAAUAGUACCCCCAUCAACUUCCACAGUAGAAAAUAUAACAUUUACAAGUGCAGUAACUACUUCUUCAGAAAAAUUAUCUAUAAUUGCAAAUAAAUUUACAACAUCUACAAUGAACCCGACAACUGUGAAACCAAAGACAUUGGUUACAAAUGAUAAAAUACACAAACCUCAACAUUAUGUGAACGUUGUACGCAGUGUUGGAGAGGCAUUUUGCAAAAUAUGUGAAAAAAUUGGACAUCAGUUUACAAAUUUAUGUCGGAAACAGAAUUGUCUUCUUCCAUCAAGCUCAUCGUCUUCAUAGCAAGACACUCAA